AUGUCAGCAAACACUAGGACCAUUCGUCUUACAGUUAUUGCAGCAGAUGGGUUAAUUAAGAAGGACUUAUUUUUUAAAAUGCCCGACCCUUUUGCUGUUGUAACUGUGGAUGGCGAACAAACACACACUACUACCGUCAUGAAAAAGACAUUGAAUCCAUACUGGAAUGAAAGUUUCGACUUAAAAGUAACCAAUCAAAGCGUUAUCGCUGUACAAGUAUUUGAUCAAAAGAAGUUUAAAAAGAAGGAUCAAGGCUUCUUGGGUGUGAUUAAUGUUCAAGUCUCCAACGUAUUCGACCUUGACGUUGGUGGAGAUGAAAUGCUUACACUGGAAUUAAAGAAAUCCAAUACCAACGAGGCCGUGCACGGAAAACUCAUCUUGAAUCUAUCUACCAAUGUAAAUGUACCUAUUCGAAAUGGUACAGAUACCCUCGCUGCAGGUAAUCCCAGCUCUUCCUCCAGCACACCUAAUCCUACUGCUGCUGCUGCUGCUGCUGCUACUACUACUACUACUGCGGGUGGAUUAGUACCUCCGAUGCAAGUGGGUGCUUCCGAAUCAAACACCAAUAUUUCCACAGCUUCAGACAACAAUGAUUUACCUCCUGGUUGGGAACGUCGAGUAGAUCAUUUGGGAAGACCUUAUUAUGUGGAUCAUAAUUCUCGUACAACCACCUGGAAAAGACCUUCCGCUAGAACGGCUCAAGAUCAACAAAAUCAAACAGAAUUGGAAAGACUGCGUCAUAAUGCUCGUGGUUUGCCUGAAGAUAGACCUAGUGCUGCUAAUAGUAAUGUAUCCUUAGAUACAAGUGCUCCUCCACCUACUCAUGCUGCUUCUAAUGCUGCUGCUGCUGCGUCUGCUGCUGCGUCUGCUUCUGCUGCCGCUGCCUCUUCUGCUUCUGCUGCCGUUGCUACGGUAACACCCAAUACAUCCUCCAGUGUGACUGUACCCAACAACAAUAUGACAUCCGCAGGAUCAGGACCACUUCCACCUGGUUGGGAAAUGCGUACGAGUGCUGAAGGACGACCUUAUUUUGUGGAUCAUAAUACACGUACGACAACGUGGGUUGAUCCUCGACGACAACAAUACAUUAGUACUAUCGGACCUGGAUCUAAUUUACAGGUGCAGGUACAACCCGUGAGUCAAUUGGGACCUCUACCUUCUGGUUGGGAGAUGCGAUUGACAAGUACAGGUCGUGUUUACUUUGUAGAUCAUAAUACCAAGACCACAACGUGGGAUGAUCCUCGUUUACCCAGUAGUCUUGAUCAAAACGUACCUCAAUACAAGCGAGAUUUCCGUCGUAAGUUAAUUUAUUUCCGUUCUCAACCUGCACUUCGUCCUGUUCCUGGACAAUGUCAUAUCAAGGUACGAAGAGAUCAUAUUUUUGAAGACGCCUAUGCCGAGAUUAUGAGACAGGCCCCUGCCGAUUUAAAGAAACGUUUGAUGAUCAAGUUUGAUGGUGAAGAUGGAUUAGAUUAUGGUGGUUUAUCUCGUGAAUUCUUCUUCUUGUUAUCUCAUGAAAUGUUCAAUCCUUUCUAUUGUCUGUUUGAAUACUCUGCUCAUGAUAACUACACAUUACAGAUCAAUCCUCAUUCAGGUAUCAACCCUGAACAUUUGAAUUAUUUCAGAUUCAUUGGUCGUGUGGUAGGUCUGUCUAUUUUCCAUCGUCGUUUCUUGGAUGCUUUCUUUAUCGUUUCGUUCUAUAAAAUGAUCUUGAACAAGAAAAUUUUGGUGGCGGAUAUGGAGAGUGUGGAUGCUGAUUUCUAUCGCAGUCUCAUGUGGAUUUUGAACAACGAUAUCACCGAUGUCUUGGAGUUGACAUUCUCUACAGAUGAUGAUCGUUUCGGAGAAGUGGUGACUGUGGAUUUAAUACCGAAUGGAGAAAACAUUGAGGUCACCGAAGAAAACAAGAAGGAGUAUGUUAAUUUGGUCACUGAAUGGCGUAUUCAUAAACGAGUGGAAGAACAAUUCAAGGCCUUCAAGGAAGGUUUUAACCAAUUGAUCCCUCAAGAUCUUGUCAAUGUAUUUGAUGAACGUGAACUUGAAUUGUUGAUUGGUGGUAUUGCCGAGAUUGAUGUCGAGGAUUGGAAGAAGCAUACGGAUUACAGAGGUUAUACUGAACAGGAUGAUGUGAUUCAAUGGUUCUGGAAAUGUAUUCGUACUUGGGACAGUGAAAAGAAAUCCAGAUUGCUACAAUUCACUACAGGUACUUCUCGUAUUCCCGUCAAUGGCUUCAAGGAUUUACAAGGUAGUGAUGGUCCCAGAAGAUUCACUAUCGAAAAGUCAGGUGAAGUCACACAAUUACCCAAAGCACACACAUGUUUCAAUCGUAUUGAUAUGCCUCCUUACAAGUCAUAUGAAGUGCUUGUUGCAAAACUUACUAUGGCUGUGGAAGAAACUGUUGGUUUCGGCCAAGAGUAA